AUGAUCUCGGUGCUCGGAGAGGGCUCAUCCGGCUACGUCAAACUCGUCCACUACGCCGGCCAGCAGUGCGCGCUCAAGAUCGGGCUGGAGGAGGGGCUCCGCCGCAGCUUCGAGAACGAGCGCCGCAUGAUGGAGCAAGCCGCGGGCGCGGGCGGGGCCCCUCGAGUCCUGGCCUUCUGCCCGGAAACCCCGGCUCUCGUCAUGACGUUCUGCGGCGCCUUGGACCUCAUCGACGUCGUGGAGAAGCGGCUCUUCCGUCACGAGCGAGACCUCCUGGCGAUCGCCCUCCAGCUGACCCAGGCCGUCCAGGAGCUGCACCAGAAGGGCGUCGUCCACUGCGACUUGAAGCCCGACAACGUCGUCGUGGAGAUGGACGGCGAAGGGCGGCCUCAGGCGGUGCAUGUGAUUGACUUCGGCCUCGCGCGACCCUUCGGCGGCAAGCACAGGCCGAGGAAGAGCCGCUGCCCCAAGGAAUGGUACUGCAGGUGCUACUACGCGGGAGACGAACUCAGCCUCAAGUGCGACAUGCCAGGGCUUGGCGUCACCGUCGACUACCUGCUGGAGCCCAUGCGCAAAUUUCCGAAGGAGCUGAGGGAGAUCCGAGCCGCGACCUCAGAGCCCGACCAUGACCAACGCCUUGGGACUGAGGAGCUGAGCGCCCUUCUGCGGCGCCUUCGGUGUCGGCUGAGCGAAAUGCUCUUCUGA